AUGACGGAGAUUUUGCAGUUCCACCGUCAUCUUCAAGAAAUGAUGGCAGGAUUGGUGUUGGACUAUGUUGCUGAGGAUUCGCAAGAUCUGGCUAGUGACAUAAUGGAGAAUUUCAUGAGGACUUUUCAUUGUUGUGGUUAUCACAACGGUACCGACUUCAACUAUUCGGCACAGUUUGAUCGAAGACGCGCCUUGAACGGAACUAUCCUGUAUCUGCAGUAUCCGAUUCCCUGUUGCAAGCACAACGAACGUCAGCAAAGAGCUGCCGGUUGUCCAACGACUUUCACUCCGGAAAACAGUAACUUUGAUCGCGGAUGUUGGCCGGUUUUUAAUGCGCUGUUUCAUAAAUAUGUUUAUAUUAUUGGAUGCGCUUGGGUUGGUGUUGUUCUAUUCCAGAUUCUUAUUCUUGCGGCAACCAUCUUUUUCGUUCGAAAUGAAAUGAGUCGCCUGGGGCCGUUCGGACUCAAACUGGGGAAGUCAACUUUUGAAGAUGAGGAACUGGCCGACGAGGAGUUCGUGCAAUAA